AUGGCUAAGAUAAUGCUUGGAUCUCACACGAUAAAGAGCCAUGGAUGCAAAGUGGCUCGAGAACAUCUAAGUGACUGGAUCAUCCUCGUCCUCCUCGGUAUCGUCAUCAUUGUCCUCAACAUUAUGGAGCCUUUUCAUCGCUACAUUGGGCCAGACAUGUUGACCGAUCUAACUUUCCCAUUGUUUCAAGACACCAUCCCUAUUUGGGCUGUCCCGAUUAUUUGUAUAUUGGUUCCUAUAUGCAUCUUCACAGUGUACUAUUACUUUCGAAAAGAUGUUUAUGAUCUUCAUCACGCCAUUCUCGGUAUCGGAUUCUCAUGUCUUGUAACUGGAGUCACCACUGAUUCCAUAAAAAACGCGGUCGGUAGACCAAGACCUAACUUCUUCCACAGAUGUUUUCCCGAUGGUAAACCGAAAUUCGAUUCGGUUACUAAGGAUGUAGUGUGCCAUGGGAUUAAAAAGAUCAUCAAAGAAGGUUACAAGAGUUUUCCUAGCGGUCACACUUCGUGGUCUUUCGCCGGUUUAACUUUCCUUGCAUGGUACUUGUCGGGAAAAAUCAAAGUUUUUGACAGAAGGGGACAUGUGGCAAAACUAUGCCUCGUGUUCUUACCGAUACUAGUCGCAAUUCUCAUCGGAAUAUCACGCGUCGACGACUAUUGGCACCACUGGACCGACGUCUUCGCCGGUGCGAUCAUCGGAAUAUUUUUCGCUUCAUUAUCUUACCUCCACUUUUUUCCUUAUCCAUAUGACGACAAUGGAUGGGCACCACAUGCGUAUUUUAGAAUGUUGGCUGAGAGGAGUGGUUGUGACACAACGAUGACUCAGAGCGGUUCUCGAGACAUGUUGGACAACGACGUCGAGCUUGGCUCUACCUCCAAACCACACCAUCGUAAUCGAGGAAGCACUGAUUCUGAAUAA